CUGUAUCUUUUUUGUUUUUAGAAGCUCAAAAUUAAUACUCAACUUUCUUUAUUAAUUAGAAUUAGCGAAUAAGAAAAUCUGAUUGAUAACAGACCUGGUCCAACUUCAGAUAAAUAUUUGCCUUAAUAUCUCAACAGUCUCACUAAGAUUAUGAACUGUCAAAGUAAAUUAACAACCUUGAAAAGGUUUUAACCUUUAUUACAAUAUUUCUAUCUUCUCACUUAAUUUCCAUUUCAAAACCUCCAUUUUUUUUAAAGCCUACGGAGCAUCUUAUUUAAUACACAUGAGUUCCUCUAAAACCAAGUUUUCUCUUAUUUCUCUCCCUCUCCUCCAUUUUCUAGCCAAGUAAGGAAUUCAGAUUCCAGAACGACCGAUUUCUCUAAAUCUUCAGAUCUUUUCUUGAUAAUCCAAACAAACCCCUUGUCUGAUUUCUUGUUUUGUUCUGUUGAGAAUGAGAGAUAUUGGUUCUUGUUUCAGUGAACAAGUAGUAAGAAUAUCAGAUUCUUCUUGUUCAAAUCCAUUAAACCAAACAUGUCGUCCGCCAAAACUCAUCCCAUCAAUUCAAAAUGUAGUAACUUGUCUUUACAAAACAAAGUUUACAUCAUCCCAGAAACAGGUUAAUAACAUCACAAUCACAAUCAGUUGGUGCAAAACUUUAAUAGAUCAAGGUCUAAGCAUAACAGUUGGUGAUGAUCCAUCUUCUCAUCAUCAAACUUUGAAAAUCAACACAAACUCUAGAAUUUUCAGGAAGAAAAAAGGGAGCAAGUUCUUUGAAGCAGGUGGUUUCAAGAUUGAUGCUUUCUGGGAUCUGUCUACUGCAAGGUAUGAUUCUGGUCCAGAACCAAUAGAUGGUUUUUAUGUUGUGAUUGUAGUGGAUUCAAAAUAUGGUCUAUUAUUAGGAGACAACAUAGAUGAAGAGACCAUUACAAAAAAGUUCAAAGCUAGUAUUUCAUUUACUCAAUUCAGUAUGAUUUCAAGAAAAGAAUGCUUCUCUGGGAACACACAUUAUUCAACAAAGGCUCAAUUUUGUGAUAGUGGUACAGAACAUGACAUAUUGAUUAGAUGUGGUAAUGAAGAUGAAUCCGGUUAUAAAUAUCCAGUUUUAUCUGUAUGUAUUGACAAUAAGAAGGUGAUACGUGUGAAGAAAUUACAAUGGAAUUUCAGAGGGAAUCAGAUUAUCUUUGUUGAUGGUUUAUUAGUUGAUUUGAUGUGGGAUGUUCAUGAUUGGUUUUUUAAACCCACUACUGGUUAUGCUGUGUUUAUGUUCAGAACUAGAAGUGUCUUAGACAGUAGAUUAUGGUUGCAAGAAAAAGUUCCGAAAGAUGAAGUUGAGUUUUCUUUGUCGAUUUAUGCUUGUAAGAAUCAAUAAAAUAAUUCAUCAAUUUAUUUUCUUCCA